AGGAGGGGUCCGGACACCUUUGAUGCCCGAACCCGCUGCUGCUGAAGACGCGCAACGCGCAGCCCGAGCGGGUGAGCGCCCCGGGAGGGAGCCUGGCCGCACCCCGGGUCUCCCAGCUGCGCACUUGGACCCGGACUCCAGGCUCUUGCUAAGUUGCCCAGGCUACAUUCCAACUUGCAGUCUUUCGGACUCAGCCUCUUCAGUUGCUGGGAUUGCAGGGUUCGGGUCUGAGGAAGACUGAAGACAGGCUGAUGGGCUCUGUUGGUGGGUUCCAUUGUCUCACCAUGACUGCUGAAAACCCGACGCCCGGAGACCUGGUUCCUGCCCGCCUUGUCACUUGCAAACUCUGCUUGUGUGAACAGUCUCUGGACAAGAUGACCAUACUCCAGGAAUGCCGGUGCAUCUUUUGCACAGCUUGCCUGAAGCAGUAUAUGCAGCUGGCAAUCCGAGAAGGAUGUGGGGCUCCCAUUACCUGUCCUGACAUGGUGUGCCUAAACCAUGGGACCUUGCAGGAAGCUGAGGAUCACAUACCACUUUCAACAAUUGCUUUUGAGAUUGCCUGUUUGGUACCAGUGGAUCAGUUUCAGCUUUAUCAGCGGUUAAAAUUUGAGCGAGAAGUUCACCUGGACCCCCACCGAACAUGGUGUCCUGUUGCAGACUGUCAGACAGUGUGUCCUGUUGCCUCGAGUGACCCAGGCCAGCCUGUGUUGGUGGAGUGCCCUUCUUGCCACCUGAAAUUCUGCUCAUGUUGCAAAGACGCUUGGCAUGCAGAGGUCUCCUGUAGAGACAGUCAGCCUAUUGUCCUGCCCACAGAACAUGGGGCCCUCUUUGGGACAGGUCCAGAAGCCCCCAUUAAGCAAUGCCCGGUUUGCCGGGUUUAUAUUGAACGCAACGAAGGCUGCGCCCAGAUGAUGUGCAAGAACUGCAAGCACACGUUUUGCUGGUACUGCCUCCAGAACCUGGAUAAUGACAUUUUCCUCAGACAUUAUGACAAAGGACCAUGCAGGAAUAAACUUGGCCAUUCGAGAGCAUCGGUGAUGUGGAACCGAACACAGGUGGUGGGGAUCCUUGUGGGACUAGGUAUCAUUGCCUUGGUGACUUCGCCCUUGUUACUCCUGGCCUCCCCGUGUAUCAUCUGUUGUGUCUGCAAGUCCUGUCGGGGCAAGAAGAAGAAGCAUGACCCAUCCACAACAUAAAGUACUCUGUUUGGAUCCCCGUGCCACAGAUGUCUGGAUUCUGUGAGACAGCACAUGACAAAGCCCCACUUAGUGACGCUGCCUCCUUUUCCUUGCCAAACUCGGGAAGUGCCUCUGUGUCCAGACCUUGGGGUUGCCUGCAAGCCUUUGUCCAUGCUGGAUUGGGAAAGGGCAAGUCCUGGGUGCAAGUGUUCCCAUGUGACAAGAGCUGGGCUCUGGAGUCUAGACUGUGUCUAUGGAGCAUGUCGGGAGCUUUGCGGUUGCUUAGGAGGAAUUAGUUCAUCAUCAUUUUAUCAUUCAAAGGAUCUCACUGGAUUGUUAGUCUUCCAGCCAAAUUCAAGGAGCCUAAGUGAACAUUCAGUAUAAUAAAUGUGCUUUUAUGGUUGACAACAUACACGCUGAGAAGAAGGCGUGUUCUGUGUUGAUUUGCCACAGUGAGAAACAUAGGGGAGGGGGGAGCCCACUGUGGGAGGGAAGGAUAAGACUGCAUAAUGAGAAAUUCUCCUAAGAGUUAUACUCUAAUGCAGGCCGCUUAUCUGAGGAGUCGAUGUGUUGGUUGUGGCUCUGCCAAUUACUGGGCGUGCUGUUCCCAACUUUCCCACAGUGACUUGGCAGCAACACAAUAGGUUUCUCCUUGUUGAUCUCAGCUUCAAGCGGGAGAAACUGCUGUGCAGAGGGAGUUGUCCCUUCCCAGUGAAAGGGUUGCAGCGUGUAAAUCAACAUGGUCUAAUUUAGUGUCUGUCCUUUGACAAAUGCCAUUUUUCUAAGGUGACCAGCUCUUCUCAUACAACCAGUAGCUAUGUGCUACAAAAUUAUUGUAUGUGAAAUAAGGUUAGAGUAGGAGAUGUUCAAAACCUUCAUCAUAGAUCACAGGGACCUUUCUCGGGCUCUGUGUUCAUACAGCCAGCAGAUCUGGAACUGGAUCUAGAAGUAUACAUCAAGGGUAAACAUUAAAGUCCAUAUGUACAACUAGAAUCCAUACGACUCGCAGCCUACCUAGAAUUUCUACCCAUUGGGCCUGCGUGGAUACACCUAAUAGUAGACACAAAAUAAAUUUUUACAUAAAAGUCAUUCUUUCUUUCAGUGACUAAAAUGAUUUAUCAUCAAUCAACCUAAAAACUUUUGCAUAGUAUAUAUGUGACUUUUUGGUUUUGGUUGCAAGCUCAUAACUUCCCCAAGGGCAUAGACUCAGAAACAACUCAUUUAAAAUGAUACUUUGUAUGAUAUUACACUAUCUCUGUAAAAACACUAAUUAAUAAUCAAGAUAUUUGCAUAUUUCAAACAAUUCAAAGUGGGUUUCUUAAUAAAAUUUAGCAUCAUUUUUUCUGCAUCUAGUAGGACAGUCUGAAUACUUUCUGUGUAUACAAGGCACUGAUAAGACAAUAAAAAGAUAUAUAACAAAAAAUGGAAAUAUUUUAUAUAUUUUCAAAUAGUUUGGAUUGUUAUCAAUCCUAUGGUGACUUAUGUUUCCCACUGUACUGUUAGUCAGAUGCUUCUCCAAUGACAGGAUUAUAUAGUUGCCAUUAGCAUUGCAGCCUGGUGCUUCAUGAGAACUACACAAAUGUUAAUGGAGACCUCUCCUGGAAGCCAGGGAUACUAUAUCAGGAAAUAUUCAGGAUUUAGCAUACCUUCUGAGGUAACUGAGUAACUAGACUAUUAAAUUGCUGCUAUCUGGACCUAUUAUUAAAGGGUGAAGAUUUGCCUGUGUAAUGGAAUGUAUCCUAAGUGGGGAUGUAUAUAUUUAAGGAAUUUUAAUUCACAUGUAUAUAUUGUUAUCUGAUACAUGUAUAGUGCAUUUGUUGGUCAUGUACUUUUUAAUUUACCAUUUGUAUAGAACAUAGAUGAGAACUGUGGGAAAACUUUCCAAUGGCGACCAUCCAAAACCAUUUUUUAAUCAUUUAUUAGAAAUUUCUCAACAAUGACUUUGUUUUCCUUCAGCUCUCUAAACACUUCAGAAAAAAUCCCCUCUCCCAUCACUGUGUUUCAUAUUAGUAUAAACGUAAAUGUACAUAUAUUUGAAUAGUUAAUUUGCUUUGUUUUACCCAUAGCCUUCUCCUUCAUCUUAAAGGGCAUUCAUCACUGCUCAGGGGGUCACAGAAACUCAGCUGACACUGAAUUUUUGUACCAAGAAUGUCAGAGAUGGCAAUGGACUCUUCCAUUAGUAAACUCUGAACGUGGCUUCGCAAAGGCUCUUUAAACAGGGGCAGAUUUCAGUAACUGAAAUGCUCUGAUCUGAGAGGAAGAGCUCAUGAAUUUGGAGUAAAAGUGUAGAAAAGUUCUAUGCUAUAUCCGUGGCAAAACCAAAAGAAACUGUCUUCUCACAGAGAAUUUGUAACAGGAUUAGCUACCUUUGGAAGGGGGGACAGGGCUAGGGAGUAAGGAAUGUUUGUCAAACAAUUUAAAGUAACUGGACUUAAUGAUGUAAAGUGCCUGAAACAUGGUGACUUCUACCUUAAAUAAUGAAAUGUGCGUGAGUUGUCAGAACUAACAAGAACAGGUUGGUAGGCUGAAUCCAGACAUACCUCUGGUGCAUCAAAGGAGAUGAUGCAAGCCACACUAGACUUCUCCACAAAGGAGAGAGCUGACAGCGUUAAUGUUGGAGCCUGAUAUUUUCAUCUUGGAUAAUUGGCCAGUGACAAGAGUUUAGCUUUGUUUCCUUCCCUUUAGGCUUUAUCCUUUCCUAGAGAUCCUCUUUCUGUCCCAGAACAAGCACAAGUCGACAUAAGACUGGCUGUUAUAACAAAAUCUCCUUGUGUUUGGAGUAGCAUAGUCUGUUUGAAAUAGAAUGUUUAAAUUGGCUAAGCUGUGAUCUGGUAUAAAAACACAACAUCCAGACGUGGUCAGAUAUAAUGGUACAAAUCUGGCCGUUGCCUUUUCUAGGGAUUUUUCUCUUGCUAUUAGACAGGGAAGUGAGGGGAAAGCCAUAUGGAAGCAGAUGUUAGAAUCUUAGGCAUCUUAUUUGUUCAUGCCACGGGUAUUUGCUUUGGACUUGAAAUCUGUACUUUGAAAGUGGCCUUUGAAAAACAAAUAAUUCACAGCGUGAAUUUUUCUUGUCAUCUGCAUCACAGAACUGUUAUCUAUUCAGGUUUGAAAAAUCUACAUGUUUAUUUGAAUGUAAAUCACUGUUGCUUGGAACCUAAAUUUUCUCUUAAAAGUAUUCAGGAUCUAUGUAUGUAUUUCUUUAGCUUUUUGUACUCAGUGCUUCUAAAGGACUUUUCUUUCUGUUUAUGAAUAGCCGCCUUUAUGUGUAUAGAAUUGUGUAUAUGUGUGCAGUUUUAAGGACUAUUUCAGAAAUGCCUUAGAUGAGUGACAUUUUAUAAAGCUGUCAGAAUUAAUAUCUCUAAGCUUUUACAUCUUAUGUUGACUCAUGACCCAGGAUGUUUUGUGAUGUACUUCUGAAAUUGCUGUUGUACUAUAUUUUUCCAGGUCUUUGGGAAGAAAAUAACUGUUUUAGUUUCUCUGGCCCCAAUAAAUGUGAGCAGGAAAUCAA